AUGAUUGAUACUACCAUUUGCAAGUCUCUCCUAGGAAAUACUACUUACUUUAUCCUGAUUUCACGGAUUGCAUUCAGAAAAUUGAUUGCUAUCGUUUUACCCUUCAGGAUUAAAGUUCAUACAGGCCUGGAAUCACAACAAGAACCAAGAGCAGCAUUAAUUGAGUAUGUCCUUUCCUUUCCACGGUUUGAUGAUGAUAAGCAUGAUAUUGAAAUUCAAAAGGUUGUGAACAUGGCAGAGGCUAUGAUUGAGGCUCUUGCAGACCGAUUAGUUCAAGUUCUGAAGAAGCGAGGUGAAUGUGUGCUUGAAUUUCAAAGCCAGUUCAACGAUAUGAAGGCGCAGCUUGAUCUGAUGAAAUCCUUUCUUGCUGAUGCUUGCAAGCUCAAAAGAAAGGAGGAAACCGUGAAAACAACCUUAAGCAUGCUGCGAGAACUGGUUUAUGAUGCGGAGGACAUAUUGACAGAUUGCCUAAUUAGAGCUGAAUAUAGGAAGGAUGGUUUUCAGUACUGCAUCAACUUCACCCCACGGGAAUUGCUCUUCCAGUAUCAGACAGGAAAGAAGUUGAAAGAUAUCAAUGAAAGAAUUAAGAAGAUGCAGAAGAUCUUGAAAGCCUAUUUCAAGACGAUUGGACAGCAAAGCAUUCAUGACGACCGCAGCAGCAUAGGAAAGAGGUGGACAUCACCGGUUUAUGAUGAAUCUGCCAUAGUUGGUUUGAUAGAAGAUACAAAGAAGAUAAUAGGCUGGAUUCUUCCUGAAAACAGGAUGUUGCAUCGAGUUGGGAUUGUUGGGAUGGGUGGUUUAGGAAAAACCACCACAGCACAGAAGAUUUUCAACAGCAAACAAGUAGUUGAUCGCUUUGAGAAGAGGAUUUGGGUCUCAAUAUCUCAAACUGUCAACGAGGAAGAGAUCAUGAAGACCAUGUUGAAACAACUGGGACAUGAUGUCAAUGGUCUAGAUAUGGCUCAAAUGCUGCCAAAGAUUAAGCGACUGCUCGAGAAUAAGAACUACCUGAUUGUAAUGGAUGAUGUUUGGAGUGCUGAAGGCUGGUGGGACAGAAUGUGUGCUGGGCUACCAAAGAGGGAGGGAUGGAGUAGUUGCAUAAUAAUCACUACGCGAAUAGAAAGUGUCGCGAUAGAAAUGGGCGUUGAGAAAGCACGGAUUCAUCAGCCGAGGAUUCUCAACGAAGAUGAAAGCUGGGCAUUGUUCUGCAAAAUUGCAUUUUCGUCAAAUGAGGAAGCAAAAAAGCAUUCUGAAUUGGAAGAAGUGGGGAAAGAUAUAGUGAAGAAAUGCUGUGGACUUCCUCUGGCUGUUAAGACCAUUGGAGGCUUACUGAGAUCGAAAGCUCAAUCUACUGAAGUUUGGAGAAGGAUCUGUCACAAUUUUCAUGAUGCAUUAACCGCAAAAGAAAGCGAAAAUUCAGUCAUGGCUUCUUUGCAGUUGAGCUAUGAUGAGCUUCCCAUUCGUCUGAAGCAAUGUCUGUUGUGCUUUUCGCUGUAUCCAGAGGACUCUGAGAUAGGCGCUGAGCAACUAGUUCAUUGGUGGGUUGGAGAGGGUUUCAUCGAGGGCAGAAACGCAGCAACCUCGAUGGAAUUGGCCUUUGACUAUCUAUCAGAACUAAUCAGCAGAUGCCUAGUUGAAGUUGUUCAGCAUAGAGGUUACGACGGAAGAGUCUACAGUUGCAGGAUGCAUGAUCUGGUGAGGGAUUUAACCAUCAAAAUUGCUAGAGAGGAGGCUUUCUGCAGCUUUGAUGAACAAGGCAGGCAAAGACCCUCAGCAAGGUCUCGGCGUCUGAGUUUUACAAAUGAAGCCGAUGUAAAAUCAAUAAACAGAAAGUCAAGGCUACGUGCAUUGCUGAUAAUGACAAGUUCCCCAAUCCAAUUUAACAGGAACAUCGUAUUAUUUAGGAUAAAAUCCUUAAGAGUGCUUGAUUUCUCUCAAAAUAAGCUAGAGAACAUUUGCAUUGAAGACCUAUUGAAUUGGAUCAGUUCCCUCGAACGCCUCUCAUAUCUGAAUCUUAGAGGGGUUUCUGCACUAAAAGAGCUGCCAUUUUCAAUCGGAAAGCUCCGCAACCUCCAGCUUUUGGUUCUGUCAGGAUGCAACAAUCUACAGAAACUGCCCUUAUCCAUCACAGCCCUGCAGAAGCUCAUUCUCUUGGAUACAGGAUACUGUCCUAUUCAAUACCUUCCACAGGGAAUAGGAAGGCUCUCCAAUCUUCAAGAGCUAUCUGGAUUCAAGCUAGUGGGUGCCGACAACAAGGAUGGUUGUAGACUAGCCGAGCUCCAAAAUCUGUUACAACUUAGGGUACUAAGAGUAAAUAUAAGUGAAGAAAGUGAAAUUGCAGAGGAGGAACUAACAGUCCUGUCACAUCUCAAGCAGCUUAAGGUUUUGUCUAUCAACACCGAAGGAUGUGAGAAAGAAGAGAUCUUCCAGAAGCUGGAUAGACUUUUGCCUCCUCCAUAUCUGGAAGAGUUGCAUCUCAGACAUUAUCGCGGAGUACUUACACCGCAAUGGAUAAAUCCCACAUCACUCUGUCACUUGCAAUAUCUUUGCAUUGAAAAUGGAGACAUGAAGUCCACAAGUCCUGCCUUCGAGGGUUGUAGUGGCACCACUUGGAAGGUUGAGGGCUUAUGCUUGAAGUUCCUCCCAAGGUUGCACAUGGAGUGGGAAAUGGUGCAGCGAGUGAUGCCCCGGAUAAGACAAACUAGGAAUGUGGAGAAAAUGAGAGACAAAUUUGAUGAUUGUAAGAUUGAAGCUGGAAGCAGCACAGCUUCAGCGUCAAAUAAUCUGCAGAAGCUAAGAGUCCUCCUAGUUAAUGUUUUCCUUGUAUUUAAGAUAUCAUCUACGUUGUGUAAAUCAUAG